CGUGUCUGUGCACAUCGAAAUAAUUUUACUUUUUCUAAAAAAAAAAGUAAAAUUAUGAACCACCUACGAGAAAAACAAGAUACCACUUACCAAACGAUCCAUCCCCAAGAGACCUUCUCGGGCCACGUCUGGGUCGAAACCGACGUCAACCAUUGUCUGGCCCUCUGCGAGACCGGAGUGGUCGGCGGUCGUGACGUCGAUGGAAGUCAAAUUUAUUUGGGCCGGGCCAAUCACAACGGCGACAUCCUUCCGGCCAAAGUGAUUCCUGGAAGUAGAUCGGCCUACGUCUCCUAUUGCGGGAAAGAGAUCAGGGUGCACCAAUUUCAGAUGCUGGUGCGUCCUCAAUAUAAAUGGGUCACUUGCCAAAAUGGUUUUGUGCCACCAAAUGCAUUUCCUGCAGGAGAAACUUUGCACGGAGAAACUUUGUAUGCUGGAAGAGUUACUGCACGAGGAGCCACAACCAUCGGAAAGGUUCAUCCCAGUCAUAAAUGCUGUUACAUCCCCUUUUGUGGAAAAGAAGAAAAACACGACGUUUACGAGGUGCUGGUGAUGACUCAACCACCGACACCACCGCCAUACACGAAUCUCUUUCAUCCGGGUAACACCAGUCCGGAUCCGCCCGGACAUAAAUGGGUUGACACCAGCGUGGACACAUGUCACCUUCUAUUGGAAAAUGCAGUCAAGUGCGGCCACGACAAUAAUGGUCACGACAUGUAUUUGGGUCGUGCCCACCACGAUGGUGAUACCCUUCCUGCCAAAGUCAUACCCCAAAUAAGGGCUGCUUUUGUGUCUCAUAAUUGCACCGAAAUAUCUGUGUCGAAAUUUCAGAUGUUAGUCCGACCAGCAUAUCAUUGGAUAAGGUCUCGAAAUGGGCAAGUGCCACUCGAUGCUGUUGUGGCUGGCAGAACUUCUACAGGGGAAAAUUUAUAUGUUGCCAGAGUUUCGGCUAAUGGGGCUCUAACAGUGGGAAAGGUUCACCCAAGUCAUGGAUGCUGCUACAUCCCUUACAUGGGCCGAGAAGAAAGAUACCAAGAUUAUGAAGUUUUGGUUAUAAAAUAUUAA